AUGUUUUGGACUUUCUUCCCGAUGGUUGCUGGAUUUCGAUUCUGCAAACCUGUUCUGUUUGUCGAUGGGACCCAUUUGUAUGGGAGACACAAGAUGACGAUGUUGAUAGCGUUAGCGAUAGAUGGAAACAGCCAUAUAAUGCCAGUAGCGUUUGCAAUUGUGGAAUCAGAAAUUCUGAGGCGUCCUGAAUGGGUUGAUUUUCCGCACAAAUUCUGCAUAAGGAACUUGGCCAGUAAUUUCAAUACUCACUUUAGGGACAAGUCAUUGAAAAAGUUGAUGGAGAAAGCAGGUCGGAAAUAUCAGAAGAAGAAAUACAAAAGAUAUAUGGAAGUCAUAAGGAUAAAAAGCCCACAAGGUUAUGCAUGGUUAACUGACGAGCAGCGACCGAAAGAAAAAUGGUCAAGGGCCCACGACCAUCGGGGACAGCGACACAACGUGAUGACAACAAACUAUGCCGAGUCUGUCAAUGCGACCCUAAGGAACAUUAGGGGGCUUUCAAUUUCAUCAAUGCUUGAGACUUUAAUUAAAAAGCUUGUCGACAUGUUCGUAAGGCGUAUGACGACCUAUUCAGAGUUGAUUGCUCAGGGGGUUCAAUACACUCCAAUCCUGGACCACAUACUGAAGAAAAGGGUUGCAAAGGCCCGCCAUCAUACCAGUCAGACAUAUGACCGUACCACCAUGACAGCCCAAGUGGUAACUGGGACGAACCACAAGACCGGAAAAGGAGGAAACACACAUACUGUCAACCUCAGUCAAAAAAAAUGCACGUGCGGUAAGUUCCAGCAGCUGAAGUUGCCUUGCUCUCAUGCGAUUGCCUUGUGUGCAAAGGAGAAACUAAACCCUCACGACUACGUCAGUUGGCACUAUGAAACCAAGAAUGCAAUCCAAUGUUGGGACACCCCUUUCAUUCCAUUGCGUCACCGCCAGCGCUGGAGGAUCCCUAACAUGCCUUCCUUCGUUCCAAAUCUUCAAUGGGAAAGAUCGAGUGGGCGACCGGUUAAUCGUCGCUUCAGGAACGAGAUGGAUCAGCAGUAUAGAGAAGAUCCAAGUUCCUUAUGGUGUAGUAGAUGUUCUAGUUUCGGCCACCAUGCACAAGUUUGUAUUAAUGCUGCUAGGAACCCAGGAAAUUAG